AUGAUCUCUGCCACAGAAGUCCUCACAGCCUGGGAGGCCUGCGAUAAAACUGACUCCGCCUUCAUCCUAAUCUGCAGCGUCUUCUGCUGGCCCAUCAUCCCCGCCGUCGGACUCGGCUACUCUGGCUAUUCCACUCGUCGCAGUGGUCUAGCUUCCUUUAUGCCCGCUCUCCUCUCCGUCUCAGUCUGCACAAUUCAAUGGUGGUUGGUCGGAUACUCUCUGGCUUAUGGAGAAGGCAAUGCAUUCAUUGGCGAUUUGAAACAUUUCAUGCAUAUGGAUGUGCUUGCGGAGCCUGUGGGGACGAUCCCGGCCAUCUUGUUUAGUGAGUUUCAGUUGAUUUUCUGUGCGACGGUUUGUGCUAUUGCUGUGGGAGGGGCUUGUGAGAGGGGAAGGUUGUUGCCACUGAUUCCUUUCAUCUUUCUUUGGGCCACAUUUGUAUACUGCCCUUUGGCCCAUAUGGUAUGGGGUGGUGGCUUCCUGGGUGAACUUGGCGUCCUUGACUUUGCAGGCGGCACUCCUGUGCAUAUCUGUUCAGGAGCUACAGCAACAGCUCUCAGCAUCUAUCUCUCAUACCCACUCUUCCGCUCUCGCAAGUCAGCGGCAAGAACACCGGCUCAUCUUGCCCUACACAAGCCGCACAACACGUUAAGCCAACUGCUUGCUCUAGUCACCAUCUGGGGCUCAUGGCUUGCCUUUGACGCUGGCACCACACUGGCCUUUAACUUCAAGUCCAUCAUGGCGAUGUGUGUGACGAAUUUGUGUGCUGCAUCAGGUGCAAUGACUUGGGCUUUCAUGACGUACUACGAAACUGGAAAGUGGUCGUUGGAUUCGACAUUCUUGGGUGCAAUCUCCGGUCUUGUUAUGAUUACGCCUUCUGCAGGUUUCAUUGACAUGGCCACCGCGUUCUUCUUCGGUAUCGCUGGAGCUGUCAUCUCAAGACAGGCUUUGCGAAUCAAGUUUACUGAUGUCGCAAGACGAUGGAAGUGGGUCGACAAUGGCGAUACCUUUGCUACUCACUGCAUAGGAGGGUUCGUCGGUACUAUUGCGACUGGACUGUUCGCGCAGAAGGAAGUCGCUGCUCUUGACGGGGUGACUGAGGUUGUUGGCGGUGUCUUCUUUGACGGUAAUGUGAGACAGCUCGGUGUUCAGGUUGUAGAGGCCUUGAUCGGAUUCACUUGGGCAUUCAGUGUCUCGUAUAUGUUGAUCGCUCUGAUUGACUGCGUCCCAGGCUGGGAGGUCCUGGCGGUAGACAAGGACGUCAUGGUCGGUAUGGAUGCAUCUCAGAUGGGCGAAUCUUUGUAUGAAGAUCAAUGGAAAGGAGAAGAGGAUUACCAGCCAUUCGCCGCAACGAUUCAGCUGGAGUAA